AUGACGACCUCUAUUGAAGAAGAAACUAUCUGCAUUGCACUUAAGGACUCCGACUACGGACGAAUCCUAAAGACGAUUGAGAACAACGCGUUCAGUGAAACCGCUAUUCUCACCCCCAUGUACUCCCAAGUGAUCGACAACAUCCUUGGUGAGCAAGACGCCAGACUCGGUGCAGGGACAUCCCUUGCUGUCUGCAUUAUCCGUACCACAAAGCUACUGGAAGACGUAGCCAAUCGUGAUGACCUCGAUGAAGGCACGAAGAAACUUGCCGUGCUUCAUUUACAGAAAAGGAUUCACGUACUCGCGCUUCACCUCCUUCCGCUCGACUUCCCAGACAUCGCGAACCAAGCUGUCAGAACAGUCGAGGCAAGGCCUCAUGUUGAAGAAAGAUCCAGACCGGUGCGCCCGCUGAGACGAAAGGCGGCCACCAUAGAUCGUACCCGUACCACGCUCUGCAAGCGUUGCGGAGGAUACGGACACUCGUUUAGAAAGUGUCCAGAUUACGUUUGUUGCAUCUGCGAUGAACUUGGACCCGACCAUCUGUCGGUCCACUGCCCUCGACUCAACGGACGCAUUGUACUCCAAGAGUUUAGAGAUGAAGAGAAGUUUUACGAAGCUCUCUUAGAUUGGGAGCACAACCAUAAAGCGCUCGUGGACCUCACGCUCAGAUACCCAGCACCGCCUUCGCCCGAACCAGAAACUCCCUCUGCACCAGCCGUCUCCACGCCUCCGAUACCUCCGGCGAUGGAAGCUGACGAAGAACACAGGAUACUCAAAGUCGGUGACUUUGACGCUAGUAGAGGGGUAAUGUUACAGUAA